CCUCCCGGAGCGCCAGCAGCCCCGGCAGCGCCAGCAGCCCCGGCAGCGCGGCCCGGCUUCGUGCGGCGCCGUCACGCGUGUUCGGCCACCCCCGUAGGCGGUGCCGCGCUGGCAGCGGCGGGACGGGGCGUGGCCGCGCGGCCGACAGCCGCUUCGGCCGGGGCAGACCCGCGGAGGGCGCGGGGCUGGGGCCGCCCCGGUCCGGACCGAAGUCCGGGCGCGGGUCCCGCCGCGCCGCUCCCACCGUGAGCCGGACUAGACAAGAACCUCAGCGCAGCUUGUCCGUGGCACCCAGCCGGUGGCAGCGAUGGCAGCAAACCCAAGAGCUGCACUGCACGCCCUCUGGAUCCUUCUCUUCUCGUAUACAACAAAUGAAGCUGUGGCUGCAGGACGGGUACAGGAAUUCACCUGCAUCACUGAUUAUGACAAAGAGCUGGUUUGUCACUGGAAGGUGCCUGCACAAACAAAUUGCUCCAAAGAAUUCCUGCUCUACUACAGGAAGGAUUUUCUUGAUCUGCCAAAUCGUGUGUGUAUCCCCGAGAAUGGAGAAGACAAUUUAAAGUGCACUUGCACAAUAUAUCCGGGUUAUUUUGUAUCAGGCCUCACAUAUAUUCUAGCUCUACAGUUCAAUGGGACUGAUACGUGGAAUUACAGUGUUACACCAGCCCUGGUUGUUAAGCCACGGGCCCCAAAAAAUCUGGCCAUUGGGAAAGCUGAAAAUGGUAAUUUCAAUCUGAGCUGGGAGGAGAGCUACUCUCCUCCAUCCAGGCUCUCUGGACAGCCCGUCAUCUACGAAGUGAAAUACUGGAGGAAGCAGCACCCAACAGAGGUUUCUGUAAAAGUAAUUAACUACCAGGCAAAAAGUUUUGAAAUUACUGCAAGCUCCUUGAGGAGAGGCUAUGAUUACGUGGCAAGUGUUAGGUGUAACUACACAGACUACCCGGGGUACUGGAGUGAAUGGAGUGAGGUUGUUGAAUUUCACUAUGAUUACCAAGUAACAGCUGAAGACGUUCUGCAGAUGGCUGUUCCUGGAGCCUGCAUACUGGUCAUGGCAUUAUCUGUCAUUUGUUACUUCUGUUUUACCAAAGUGAAGAAAGAAUGGUGGGAUCAAAUCCCAAAUCCAGCAAAGAGCCAUUUGGUCGUAAAAAAUGUCAAGUUUUCAGUCUUUUGCUACAUUGAUGAAAUUAAGUUCCCUUUCCAUGAUGUAAAGCAGAGUUAUAUGGACAACCAAAUAAGUUGCAAGAACUGCAUGGCUCUAAGUUUGUCAAGCCAAAGCAUCAAGGGGACAGAUAAUAUCAGAAAUGUUGAGAAAUCUUGCAGUUGCCACAGCAAGUCUGGAGAGUGGUUUCCAAAAGGCAGCAGUGCAGUUUUAACCCCUGAGACAAUUCUGGUUGAAGAGUCUUUAGAAAUCUGUGAAUGUUUAACAGACGUUGAGGCUGAGAGCCAGGAAGAGCCUGGUGACCCGAUCACGGCGUUCGAGCCCCAUGAGAGCAGCGUGAGUGCUUUCAGAGAGCACAUGGAACACAACGAUGCUCUAGCCAGCAUGUUUAUUGACAUCCUGGCAGAUGAAAACAACACGCAAGACAAUAAAGACUCAGGCAUCAUCACAGGUGAGAAUAAAACCUUUGAGAAACGUGAGUCAGAAAAUCCAUCACAGCAAAAUGCAAAGGCAAGCACAGCCCAGAGUCAGCAGCCAUGUGAUAUUUUUCAUACAGUCUCCCUUUUCACCAAAGCCUCUCAAGAUGACUACAAUUGUAGUACUGUGAGCAAGAAGUCGGAACAAUCAGAAGAAUCCUUUGAAUCUGGCUAUCAGAGCUCCAGCAUCAAUUCCACUUCUCUGGAUGCAAGAGAUCUUCAACAUAUGGUUCAUCAAGGCCUUUUUCCAUGCAGUUCUGAAAGUCACCAUGACUUGUGUGACCUGAUCCAGGAACCUCCAAAUAAGCCAUCCUUUGGGACCAAAAAAGACAGAAUAAGCAACUCUGUGCAGGACAGCUUUGAUCCCCUUGCAUCUCCAUCCAUGGGGCUGUGUAACUCUGCAUAUAAGAGCUUUGACACCCUUAUCUCUCCAUCCAUGGAGCCCUGUGGUUCUGCCUACAAGAGCUGUGACACCCUUAUCUCUCCAUCCACGGAGCCCUGUGGUUCUGCCUACAAGAGCUUUGACACCCUUAUGUCUCUAUCCACAGAGCCCUGUGGUUCUGCCUACAAGAGCUUUGACACCCUUAUGUCUCUAUCCACAGAGCCCUGUGGUUCUGCCUACAAGAGCUGUGACACCCUUAUGUCUCCAUCCACAGAGCCCUGUGGUUCUGCCUACAAGAGCUGUGACACCCUUAUGUCUCCAUCCACGGAGCCUUGUGGUUCUGCAUACAGGAGCUUUGAUAUUCUUGUGUCUGCAUUCAAGGAACCGAGCAGCUCUGCGUAUAAGAGCUUUGAUAGCCUUAUGUCUCAGUCUAUGGCUGACAACAGCCUGAGUACCUGUGUUGAAAAUACCUGCUCCUCACCACCUUUGUCGACAGAGUCUUCAGAGACACCAGAACUUACCUGCAGAGGUCAAAUUUAUCCACCCCCUAGCAAUCUGACGUGUUAUACCAAUUAUGGAUCUCCCUGCACUGGGCUUGAUUUUCAAAACAUCUGCUCAGAACAUCCUGAUUUUCCAUCUUUCUCCAUGCCUGCAAAUGACAGUGCUUCAGUUUUCUUACCAGAGGAAGAAAUAAUUACACAAUUAGCAUGUCAAAAUGUUCAAGAGAAAGCCAAUAUGAUUUCUUGCCCUAUUGAAUCUCAACCAUCUGGUUAUCAACCUUUUGAUAAUGCAGUUAAAUGUAGUGGUACAUACUGUGACAGUGACAGUGAGGUUAUCUCUAGGUCACUACACAAACCCUUCUUUCACCUUUUGUACAACAACCUAAGAGAAACACCUCCAGAUACCGUAAUCCAUGAACCUGACCAAAGGACAGAUGACCGCCUGUGUCUGGUUGCACAGGGGUUUGACAGCAGUAUUGUCCCAGAUUUAGCCUCUAGUGCGAAUGUCACACAGACUGGUGAUGGCAGCCUUCAGAUCAUCAGCUCUAAUGAGCUGUCUGGUGAGAGCAAAGAUGAAAAUACCAGCAGAGACAAACAGCUGUUGCAUUUGUUAGAGCUGAACUGUCAAGAUUUUAACAGCAGAGAAAGAACUAUGAAGGAGACAAAACCUAUGAGCUUUAUCUGUGCUGGUAAAGGACUGCAAGAGAGCAGCAGUGACAGACUAAGUGCUGCCUUCCACUGCCACACACACAGCUGUCGGGGGAGACGUGGGAGUGCAGGGGAGAAUAAAGAGGUGCUGGCACCUGCGGUGGGCACGUGUGGCUCAGCAGCGAGGUCACCAGAGGAGUCACUGGACAGCAUUGGGAUAAACGUAGAAAGAAAAACUGCAGAGCCCCAGGAGCUCCUGGUCUCAGACACGCCGUCACCUCCUCUUUUUGUGGAUAACCCCUGUCCUUCUGAUUCUCACACCAUUCACAGGGAGGGGUCCAGACCGGCACCUGCGGUUAAAGAGAAACCAGUAGAACUAUUGAGGGAAAACAAUAGGAAGAAUGGGAAAAAAAUGAAACUUGUACAAGCCCUGGCCCAGGAGGACAACUGCUACAUGAAAGUAGCCUAGCUUGCCAAGACUGAUCACACCAGUCUUUGGAAAUAAACUGUAUGGCAAAUGGAAAUGUUGCUUGUUCUUCCAUCCUAGCCUGAAGCGAGGGCUGCCGCGGGUGAGCCCUGGAUCCAGGGCUGUGACGCUUCAGCCGCGGCAGCACUGGCGCCCGGUGCACCCUGCGGCACAGCAGAGCCGGCACCUGCCCACUGCCCUACGGCUCUGUCGGGGGGAGAAGCCGGAGCUGAAGUUUCUCUGGCUGCGGUUGUUCUCUACAAGUGAGCAGGAGUUGUUGGUCAACACCUGUGGUUGUUGCCCAGGCUCUGCGUGUUCCUUGGGAAGCACACGAAGGUGAUGUGGAGCUGACACCCCUCCGAGUGGGACGUAGGCGCAGGUCCCAGGGAAGUGACUGAAGGGCACUGGCAGCGUCACACAGCUGCCAGGACCUCCUUACUGCGGGGGAGCAGGGAGGGGCUGUGUUCCCAGCCCCGGCAUGGCCCUUGUGUGUCUAAACUUGCUCAGUCAAGACCGGAAAUAAAGAUUACUGUAAUUUGGGCUUGA